AUGGUUUCAAUCUCAGCAUUUAUAAAUAGCGGUCUACUUUUAGUUGGUCAAUCGGUAUUUCGAGGUCUUGCUUCACCACAGCAAGCAGCUACAGAACAAUACAACCUCAUUAAGUUUUUAGGUGGUUCAGCGCCAUACAUUCAAUCUCCAGGUUUUGGUAUUUCAACUGACUUUCCCGAAACAUGUACAAUUGAGCAAGUACAGUUAUUGUCCAGACAUGGUGAGAGGUAUCCAACUGUUAAUAAAGGUGAAGCUUUUGAAAAGAUCAUAACUAAAUUGGGUAACACCACGGAGACGUACUCAGGAUCAUUAGCUUUUUUGAAUUCGUAUGAAUAUUUUGUUACAGAUAAGUCACAAUAUGCCCUUGAAACUACUCCAGAAAACUCAGAAGGUACAUAUGCUGGUAGUAUCAAUAUGUCAAAGCAUGGUGCUUAUUUCAGAAAUAGGUAUAAGUCUUUGUUUGACGAUACUCAGGUGUUAUCAGUUUUCACUACCAACUCGAACAGAGUGUAUCAUUCGUCAGAAUCAUUUGCCAGAGGGUUCUUGGGAAAUAAUUACUCUGAAGCCAAUGUUAAGUAUAGUAUCCUUGAUGAAAGUGGUUCACUUGGUAUCAAUUCUUUAACUCCUAGAUAUGGAUGUACUUCAUAUGAUAAGUCAGCUAAUUCCGAGUUACUUAAACAGAUUGAUAGAAGCUAUUUGACGAAUAUUCUCGAUCGAUUAAAGGAAGAUAACCCAUUUUUAACAAUUGAUGAAGAAGACGUCUUGAAUCUAUUUGAAUUUUGUGCUUAUGAGAUUAAUGUUAAAAGUGAGUCACCCUUCUGUAAUAUCUUCAACACUGAAGAUUUCAAUUAUUAUGCAUAUGACAAUGAUUUAGAUAAAUAUUAUUCUUCAGGACCAGGAAAUAAUAUAAGUGAAGUUAUUGGUUCCGUAUAUUUGAAUGCAUCCCUUAAUUUAUUAAAAGAUGAGGAAAAUUCAAAUAAGAUUUGGUUAUCAUUUACACAUGACACUGAUAUUGAUCAAGUAAUUAGUGCGUUAGGAUUCUUCACAAAAGAUGAACAUUUGCCUCUUGACAGGGUUGAUUUAGAAAGAGUUUAUUAUCAUGCUUACUUAGUACCGCAAGGUGCAAGAUAUUAUACAGAGAAGCUUAAAUGUGGUGAAAAGUUUUAUGUCAGAUAUAUUAUUAAUGAUUCUGUUCAUCCUAUUCCUGAAUGUCAGUCUGGUCCAGGCUUUAGCUGCGAAUUUUCUGAGUAUGAAAAUUUCAUCAACAGUAGAAUUGGUAACAUAAACUUUGUUGAACAGUGUCAAGUUCCAGCUGAUGCCACUCAAUCUUUGACAUUCUUUUGGGAUUAUGAAUCCAAGAAUUAUACGGCAGAGUUAGAAUUGUAG